AUGCCCCGCGAGCUCAUCACGAUCCAGGUCGGGCAAUGCGGCAACCAGAUCGGCCGCCAGUUCUGGAAGAUGGCGCUGGACGAGCAUGCCAAGCAUGCCAAGGACGCCCGCUUUGACGACAGCAUGAGCACCUUCUUCCGCAACGUCGACAGCCAUGGCGGCGACCUUCCGCCCCACGAACGCAUCAAGGGCCUCCGCGCCCGCGCGCUCCUUAUCGACAUGGAGGAAGGGCCCGUGACCGAGACGCUGCAUGGCCCACUUGGCGAGCUCUUUGACUCGUCCCAGUUUCUCACCGACGUCUCGGGCUCGGGCAACAAUUGGGCGCAUGGGUAUGCGCUCUAUGGGCCACAGUACAAGGAGCAGCUUUUCGAGAAGCUCCAGCAUGCCACCGAGCUCUGCGACUCCCUCCAGUCGUUCUUCGUGCUGCAUUCGAUGGGCGGCGGGACGGGCUCGGGCCUCGGCACGUACAUUUUGAGCUUGCUCGAAGAUCACUACCCCGAAGCCUACCGCUUCACGACCGCCAUCUUUCCCUCGGAAGACGACGAUGUCAUUACGUCGCCAUACAACAGCAUGCUAGCGCUGCACCAGCUCACCGAGCACGCCGACUGCGUCUUGCCGAUCGAGAACGAAGCACUUUUCGCAAAAGUCCCGGCGCAGUCAGCGUCAUCGUCGUCGUCUUCGUUUGAUGCGAUGAACCGCAUCGUGGCGCGUGUCCUCACGCACUUGACGAGCUCGAUGCGCUUCGAGGGCUCGCUCAACGUCGACUUGAACGAGAUCACGACCAACCUCGUGCCCUUUCCCAAGCUGCACUACUUGCUCUCGAGUCUCUCGCCGCUGCAGUCGAAAUCGCCGGCCUAUCAAACGCACCGGCUCCGCCACCUCUUUACCGACAUUUUCCACGCCCAGAACCAACUCAUCAUGACCAGUCCCCGGACGCACGGCGUCAUGCUGGCGUGCGGCCUCCUCUUCCGCGGCAACGUUCAAGUCUCGGACGUCCAGAGCCACUUGGAGAAACUCAAAGCCGAGAUGCGACUCAUCUACUGGAACAGAGACGGCUUCAAGAUUGGCCUGUGCAAUGUCCCAAGCCUCGAGAGCGUGAAAGGGUCCCCGUCGGUCCUUGCGCUCUCCAACCACGGCUGCAUCGUGGAAACAUUUGAGCGUAUGCAGACGCGCUUCCUCAAGCUCUACAAGCGCAAAGCGCACAUCCACCACUACCUCGAGUACAUGGACCACGCCAUGUUUGACGAAGCGCUCGAGUCCAACAAGUGGCUCAUCGCCGAGUACACAAAGCUCAACACGGCGUCCGACAUGCCCCCGAUAUUGCCUCGGCGCCAGCCGCUCCUCUAAGGCCUCGUCAUCGAUAGGUUGAUAUUUGGAAAGGUGUCUUUGCUGGCGUUUGCGAUACUCCUCUUCCAGCGUACUGUAUGCCGGCGAUUACAGUCUGCUUGGCCAGGCGAACGCGAACGACGCUGCAUCCAUCAGCACCAGCAACGGGGAGCACCUGCACUUCUCUCGCUGUUGUCUCACAUAACACCAAGAUGGU